AUGAAUGGUGCAAAACAUGCACAUAUGCCUAAACCCUCAAAUUCUUCUUUCAAUUUUGAGAAAACUAUUGGUUGUCCUAGAAAAACUAACCAUUCCAAUCAGAAUAAAAUAACUAUUGGGACCUCCAAUAUACCAAGGUGCAUUGCAGAGAAUCACAGAGAGACCAUAGUUCCUGUCCAUGGUAAAGGGCCUAUGAGUGAACAUAUGAGUUCCCCUCCUUUGAUUAGAGGCACUGUUGGAGUUGUUACAAAUCAUCCCACAAGCAAUUUGGAUUCGUGUUCAGGCCAAUAUAUAUAUGUUCAUGAUCUUCCAAGCAGGUUCAAUGAGGAUUUGCUGAAGAGUUGUCACUCUCUCAUAAAAUGGUUUGAUAUGUGCCCUUCCAUGUCUAACUUAGGCCUUGGACCUAAGGUUAUUGAGAAAUCAAAGAAAAGGGUUCUGUUGAAGAAAAGUUGGUAUGCAACUAACCAAUUUUCACUUGAAGUUAUUUUUCAUAACACAAUGAAGCACUACAAGUGCUUAACCAAUGAUUCUUCACAAGCUUCUGCUAUCUAUGUACCCUACUAUCCUGGCCUUGAUGUGGGUCAAUACCUUUGGGGCUUUAAUGUUUCAAUGAGAGAUGCUUCACCAAAAGAACUAGUGAAAUGGCUGGCACAACGACCUGAAUGGAAAAGAAUGUGGGGUAGAGAUCAUUUCAUGAUUGGAGGGAGAAUUGGUUGGGAUUUCAGGAGAACAACAGAUAACAAUAAUGACUGGGGCACAAAGCUAAUGUUUUUACCAGAAGCAAGCAACAUGUCAAUUUUGCCAAUUGAGUCUAGUGGUUCACAUGACAAUGAGUUUCCAAUUCCAUAUCCAACUUACUUUCACCCUUCUAAGGAUGUGGAGAUUUUCCAAUGGCAGAAAAAAAUGAGAAAAGUUAAAAGACCUUACUUGUUUUCAUUUGCAGGUGCUCCAAGGCCUAGUUUAUCAACAUCCAUCAGAAAUGAGCUAAUCAAACAUUGUCAAUCUUCUAGGAGUUGCAAACUCCUUGAUUGUCUUAAUGGUCAUCAAAAUCAUUGUGAUGAUCCUGUGCAUGUCAUAAAGGUGUUUCAAAGCUCAGUUUUCUGUUUACAGCCACCAGGGGAUUCAUUCACUAGGAGAUCAACAUUUGACUCAAUUUUGGCAGGGUGCAUUCCUGUUUUCUUUCGUCCAGAAUCAGCAUAUGACCAAUAUUUGUGGCAUUUCCCCAAAAACGGUUCUAGCUAUUCUAUAUACAUACCAGAAAGAGAUGUCACGGAAAAAAGGGUAACGAUCAAUGAGACAUUGUCUGAAGUUUCAGAAAGUAAAGUGUUGGCAAUGAGAGAGGAGGUUGUAAGACUUAUUCCAAGAAUAAUAUAUGGUAAUCCAAUUUCUAGAUUAGAGACUGUUGAAGAUGCAUUUGAUAUAGCAGUUAAGGGAAUUCUUGGGAGAAUAGAAUCAAUAAGAAGGAAGAUUACAAAUGUCAAUCUGAACAAUACCAAUUCUUACCAUGCGGGUGGCAAGGAUACUAAGUGA